AUUUAAGUGAGAGAAAUCCAACACAAAAGCAAAGUUGUUAUUGAGAUAAUGUGCAUUAUGCCAAACUAGGCUACUGUGUUAACAACUGUAAACAUAAACAUGCCCUGUUGACGUAAUUAUGCGUAUCGCGGUUUUAAAAACAGGCACCCUGAACCACAAAACUACUCUGAAAAUGUAUUUCUUUAUGUACUUCUCACAUGAAUUUAUGUCAUAUGGGCCAUUCCACCAAAUGGGUGCAUUUUUCUUGUUGAAACUCUUCAAAAUUAGACUUAAAAUUUUUACUUAUUAAAGCAGAAUCUAAUAACAAACAUACUUAACUGUUUAAAUGAGUAUUGGUCCAUCUCAGGUACUUAAUUUCAUGUUUCACAAGGUGUAUAGGUGGAGGAUGGAUGCGUUACAGUGACGUUAACAGGACUGAAAGUAACAGGACUUGGAUUUUUUGCCAAAAAUUAACAAAUGCAUAUAAAUAAACUCAAGUUAUUUGGCAAGUUCUAGUUAUUGAACAAAUGUCUGCAUUUUUACACUAAACAAAUGGUAUCAAUGAAAUAAUUUAGGUAACGGGACAGUAUUUUCAAAAUGAUGCUCCUAGUUGUCAUUAUAAUAUCAUCAAAUCAAUUUAUUAGUGGUCAACCCCUUUUUUUACAUUAUUUUAUUUUUUUAAGAAAGCAAUGCCUUGUCUUGUUAAAAAUCUUUUUCUAAAAGUUUUGAUGGCUGAAAAAAAUUCUGUACGUAUUAUUUGAGGUAUUUUGUUUAGCUCUUUACAUUUUUGACGCUGAAGUAUGAAGUCAUACCCACAAAGACGUCAUUUUAAGAUCAAAAUCACAUUAUGGAAAAACUGAUUGACCUGUUGAAUAUUUUGGGUGAUACCAGCUUAGAUAAAUGGAAGUGCUGUGGGAUUUGCGCUGUCAAUGGUUUGAUUUGAUUUGUUGUGGACGCUACACCCACUUGUCCCCGAGUGUGGGAAAGCUAAUCCUGACUGGGACUCAUGGCUUUGUAAUGCUAAUGAGCUCCUAUAAAUAGAGGAGUGAGACCCUCAUUCUCAACACAACCGACUAGCUCUCCUCGGAGAAACAUCACUGAAAGAAUGGCUCCAACUUACACUACUGACUACUCCACACUUUCUAACAAAGAUAAGCAUAAAUUGAGAAAACCUGCCGUUGAGAAAAUGCGCAGAGAUCGCAUCAACAGCUGCAUCGAGCAGCUCAAAACCAUGCUGGAGAAAGAGUUCCACCAGCAGGACCCAAACACCAAGCUGGAGAAAGCCGACAUUCUGGAGAUGACCGUGAUCUUCCUGAAACAGAAGCUGCAGCACAAGUCCUCAGCUCCACAGAAAACUCACUUUGACGGCUAUUCGCAGUGCUGGAGGGAGACCAUGAACUAUUUGUCUGUCAACUCCAAGACGGACGGCGUACGUCAACAUCUGAACCGCUGCCAGGAAGCCCAGAGAUCAGCUAAAGAUGUCAGUCUCGUGUCACCAGUCUCCUAUCAGAGCAGCAAGGUCAUCGUGAAGCAGGAACCGUGUGCUCACACACCUCUCUGGAGACCUUGGUAGACACUCAAAGACUUUGAUACAGAAACUAGAUGGUGUUAUCUCUAAUGUAGGAGAUUUGUCCUUUAUAUUUAAAGCACAUUUGUUUUGAAAAUGUAUUUGUAUGCCGUGGAGGGAAAUGUGAUUUCAUAAUGUGAAAUGAUAAUCUUCUUGAUAUGUUGUGAUCAGAAGAUGUUGUUUGUAAUGUGCCUCUAUGGUUUUCCUCAUGGGUGGACAUUAAGUUUAAUUCUUAAGUUAUCUUCACAAUGAAGAGUCGAGGGAUAUGUAUCUGACUCCUGUGGAGUCCAAGUAUUUAUUUGCAAUGUUUGCUCAAUGCGUCAAGUGCAUGUCGUUGUUUCUUCUUUAGAAGAAUGUGAACUUUCACAUGUUGAUAAUAUAUGAUUUCAUGUUAAAUUAUGUGAUCGUAUUGUCACAAAACAAUAAACCCUAUUUUAAUACGAUCUUA